GACCCAAUUGCAUUCUAGAUUUAUCCCUCCCACUCCUCCACCUCCCUCUCUGGCUGGGCUCUAUAUAAACCUCUCCAAGACGGGCAGGAGGAUCAGGGUGAGGUUCAGCUCAGCAGAAGCUGGGAUCCAUCGCUCCGACGACAGCAAAGGAACAAGGACUUGGGUCGAUCCAGUGACAGACGCGGCCAUGGCCCUGAGGGGACCUUGCCCCUUGCUCUUCCUGACCCUCAUCCUGCUGGCUGCUGGCCAGGACGACGUCAUCAUCAGACCAACUGACAGUUACCCAAAGUUUGUGAGCGAACACAUUGAUUUCCCCAAGACCAGACCCCCCACUGGCCUGACCUACUGCAACUACAUGAUGAGGCGCCUGAACCAGAAACUCGGUAUGUGCAAACUCAUCCACACCUUCAUCCACGCCCCCACCAGACGGAUCCAGACCAUCUGCACCACUGGAGGGAGAUGCAACCAAAACAAUGAAUGCGACAGCAACGCACCCUACCACCUCACCACCUGCCGCGUGCGCAGCCCCCCCCGCCCACCGAACUGUAUCUACACGGGAAAAUCCAAGACCCGCAGGAUCCGCGUGGCCUGUAACCAGGGGCUGCCCGUGCGCUUCAUCAGAGUCCUGUAGAGCCCAGGCGCUGGCCAUGGGCUGGGAGCAGGGGGUCCCCUGUCCUCCCCGUUCGCUCCAGUGCAGACCCCUGUCGCUGGGGGCUCUCCUGCCUCAUCCCUGCCUCCUGGGCAGCGCCCACCAUGAGUCUCCACAGGGACUUUCAGCAUUUCCCCUUAUCCCACAGGCCGGCAGCUUGGGGCGGGCGGGGGAAUUUCCCACACUAGGUGCCCAGUUCCCAUCUCCACGAGUGAAAAUCCGGGUGCCCAGCCCCUCUCCUCCAGCUGGCACCGAGACCCUCAUCCUGAGCACCCGCCUCGCUGGGCAGGAUCCAAACACAACUGGCCUGGACUUGGGCUGGGCUGCCCUGAACCCAGCAAGGGAAGGGGCCAAGCGACUCUGA